AUGGGCCUGACAGCCUCGAGCGUGUCUAGAUUAAGGGAUGAAUCUUUAUCUUCGCAAGCACUGUCAGGAAAGGUUCCUCCACGAGACCCUCCUAUCUUGAACCCCAUCAGGGCACCGUACCAGGACUUCAAUCAGCCAACGUGGCUCCGGGUCGAGGAUAUUUUGUCACGGAUGCCCAUACGGGAAAAAAUGGCCCAGUUAAUGCAGGGCGAACUCGAGAAAUGGGUGGAUUUUCGAACUGGGGAAUUCAAUAUUAGUGGGAUGAAGGAACACAUGUUCUACCACUCGGGGAUGCUACGAGUGAGCGAUCUGUUGACCACGGCAGAGCUAUCAUUUCGAGGCGCACACCUCCAUAAUUGGAUUAUGAAUGAUACUAGUCUGUCGUUGCCAGCCAUUCCACUAUUUUGGUUCCCACAAAUCAGGCUGAUUGUUCAUUCUUAUAAAGGACUUCAUGGCUUGGGUGUCCCAAAUGCAACAAUCUUUACAUCGCCCAUAGGAUUCGGCGCUUCAUGGAACCCGGAGCUCGUUGGGGAAGCUGCGAGAGCCAUCGGACAGGAAGCACGAGCUCUAGGAAUUACCCAGGUCUUUGCUCCGUCCACGGAUUUGGCCUGGGAUCCUAGACAUGGUAGGGUUGAGGAGUGUAUGUCCAAGGACCCCUUUCUCGCUGGUGAGAUGGCUGCUAGUUUUGUCCAAGGUCUCUGGAAGUUAAAAGUUGCCUCUACAGUCAAACAUAUGGUGGCAUUCGGAAACUCUGAACAGGGGGUCAAGAUGGGCCCUGUCCAUGGAGGCGAGAGAGAGACGCGCACGACCUACUUGCCUCCAUUCAAGAGAGCUAUUGAAGCCGGUGCUUUCACGGUGAUGAACAUCCUCCGCGGCGAGUGGAACUUCCAGUACUGGACUACAACGGACUACGGAGCCCCCAACCGGCUAUGUACUACGUUCCGAAUGUGUCAGGAUAAUCCGAUUGAUGCCUCGGCCAUCACUAUGAAGGUAUUGGUAGCCGGAGGCGAUGCCGAAGGGGGUGGAUCUUUCAACUUCGACAAAAUACCGGAUCUAGUUAGCGCUGGGUCGCUAGAUAUAUCUUUUGUUGACAACGCAGUCCGGCGGGUAUUGCGGGCUAAGUUUGAUAUGGACCGAGAAUCCAUUGUUUUGUUGGAUAAUCAAAACACCAUCUUGCCUUUGCAGGAGGGUCUUCGAAGUAUCGCAGUUAUCGGUCCAUUCUCAAAUACUGUUAAUUACGGCGACUACACUAUGUCGCCACCCCAUGGCAUUACUCCUCUAGAAGGAAUCCGUAACGCAGCUCCUCCCGGUGUUAGCAUGGAGCAUACAAAAGGCUGUGAUGCAUGGAGCAAUGAUGAAACGAGCAUCCACGAAGCAGUUAAGCUUGCGAAAUCUUCGGAUGUGGCUAUCGUGAUCGUAGGAACUUGGACAAGAACCCUUUUGGGCCAGAAGAUAGGACUUAAUGCUACUACUGGCGAGGGCUAUGAUACAAACGACCUUCGACUUGUUGGAGCCCAACGAUCUCUGGUACGCAAGAUCACGCAGACUAGGGUACCGACUAUUGUUAUGUUCUCCUCGGGCAAGCCUAUCACUGAGCCUUGGAUUUCAAAUUCUACUGCUGCACUGCUUCAGCAGUUUUAUAGUUCAGAGCAAGGGGGUCAAGCGUUGGCUGAUGUCCUCUUUGGCCGCUAUAAUCCGAGCGGGCGGCUACCUUUAACCUUCCCACGCGAUACAGGGUGUAUGCCUGUAAAUUAUGACUACCUGAACUCAGGUCGAGAUGCAGAUGACCCGGGUCAUUCUGAUUCUGACGGUAAUAUUACCUUUGGACGAAGCUAUGUUACGGGCACUCCGAUGCCAUGGUACGAUUUCGGGUAUGGUCAAAGCUACUCCGAAUUUCACUAUUCAAAUGUUCAGAUCGAUAAGAAACAAGUAGGUGCUACUGAUCGCAUCAAUGUGACUGUCCAGGUCAAGAACACAAGCUCGCGAGAUGGUCAAGAAGUGAUGCAGCUCUAUGUUGUGGACCCCAUCAGCUCCGUGGUUACGCCAAACAAGCAGCUCAAGGCAUUCAAGGAGAUCCAAGUUAAAGGAGGAGAGUCCGUCACUCUGGGGCUAGAGGUCAAUGUGGCGACCCUUGGGCUCUGGGAUGUGGAUAUGAACUAUAUUGUUGAGCUAGGAGAGUUUAUUGUCUAUAUCGGGAAAAGUGCCGGAGAUCUUCGAGGCAACGCAUCUUUUUAUGUAGUUUAA